AUGCAGACAAGAUCACAAUCUGUACUUUCGAGCCUUAAAUCUCAAAUAUUAAAUACUGAUGACAAAAUCCUGUUUAUUACUGGGGCAGGUUUAAGUUUUGAUUCUGGAAUCCCACUAUUUCGAUCUGAACAUGGAGUAGAUGAUAGUUCUGUUAUUUGGGAUGAUAAGAUGGAAUCCUGGGCUACAAUGAAAACUUUUCUAUUAGAUCCUUUGAGUUGGUACUCUAUAUUUAAAAGUAAAUAUGAAUUCUUUAGAACUAUUAGAGACGCUAAACCCAAUAAAGGUCAUCGGGCUUUAUCAUGGCUUUGCAAAAACUAUCCCGAUAGAAUCAAAAUCAUAACACAAAAUAUUGAUGGGCUACUGCACAAGGCAAAUUGCCCCCCUGAGAAUGUACUUGAAGUUCAUGGGAGAUUGGACUAUUUGAGAUGCAGUAAUACUAACUGUUAUCUUUCUAAAGAGCAAUAUUUACCACUUGACUGGAACUGUUUGGAGAAUAAAUCUCCUAAAGCUAUUAUUCAAGAUUUAGCUUGCCCUUCGUGCAAUUCUCCAUGUCUCCCAUUAGUUUUAUUAUUUGAUGAGCCAUACCAUGGUAAUAAAUAUUAUCAAUGGGAUAAGGCCAAAGAAUGGAUGAAUGAAGCUGACUUAAUGAUAUUUGUUGGGACUUCUUUUAGUGUUUUUUGUACUGAUAAAUGCCUUAGGGUAGGAUAUAAAAAAAAUCUUCCUAUAGUGAAUAUCAAUAUUAGACAAUUUCCAAUUACAUUUGAAAUACCCAGUAAAUACAACUCAGAUUCUUUAGAAAUAUUAGAGUAUCCUUGUGAAUUGGUUCGUCAAAUUAUUCAAGGAUCAACAGAUGCACUACUUGGAUUAAUCCCAUAUGAAUAUCACUCUGAAAUAUAA